CAGGGAGGAGAGAGUCACUGGGUACUCACCCACUCAUUCGAAUCACAUAGCGGAGAGCUCACAACCACCACCUCUCCCUAUCUUGGACAAAUCAUAACAGGACAUCCCUUCGCCCAGGAGAAGCGGUGCAAUUUCAUCGAAGAGCUCACACAUAAAGAAUUUUCUUCUCAAUUACAAAUCCCAGGUCCGUGAGGUGUGUGCGAUCGUUCCCAGCAGAAGGAUGAGCAGCUUUGAUUUGGUUGAGCUGCUGGACACUUGGGAGGACCUGAACCUCACGGGCCUCCUGGAGAACGUGACGCGUGUGGAGAUGGUCGGGUGUCCAACAGCGUUCGACCGCAGCGCCCUGCUCCACUCCAUGUGCAUCCUUUACAUCUUCAUCUUCGUGGUCGGUUUGGCCGCCAACGGCCUCGUCCUCUGGGUCAAUGUCCGCUCCCAGCGCACCACCUCCAGCUCCUCCCCUCGCCACGAGACCCACCUCUACAUCGCCCACCUGGCGGCAGCUGACCUGUGCGUGUGCGUCACGCUGCCCGUGUGGGUGAGUUCCCUGGCGCAGCAUGGCCACUGGCCCUUCGGCGAGGUGGCGUGUAAGCUCACCCACCUGCUCUUCUCUGUUAACCUCUUCAGCUCCAUCUUCUUCCUGGCCUGUAUGAGUGUCGACCGCUACCUGAGCGUGACACGGCCCGCCGACAGUGAGGAUGGGGGACGACGCCGGAAGCUGAUUCGCCGCAGCGUGUGCGUAGGAGUGUGGCUCCUGGCUCUGGUGGCCUCCCUGCCCGAUACCUACUUCCUGCAGGCGGUGAGGUCAUCACACGGGGAGGUAGUGCUGUGCAGGCCGGUGUACCCAGAGGAACACUCCAGGGAGUGGAUGGUGGGAGUUCAGCUGAGCUUCAUCCUGCUUGGUUUUGUCCUACCCUUCCCUGUCAUCGCUCUGGCCUAUGCCCUCCUGGCCCAAGCCCUCUCCUCCACCUCCUGUUCCUCCUCGGCGAUGGAGCAGGAGCGUCGUGUGAGCCGCAGGGUGAUCCUGGCCUAUACCGUGGUAUUCCUGGGCUGUUGGGGGCCCUACCACGGAGUGCUCCUGGCCGAUGCCCUCUCCCUGCUGGGCCUGGUUCCUCUGAGCUGUGGGCUGGAGAACGCCCUCUAUGUGGCGCUGCACCUCACCCAGUGUCUGUCCCUGCUUCACUGCUGCUUCAACCCCAUCCUCUACAACUUCCUCAACAGGAACUACCGCUAUGACCUGAUGAAGGCUUUUAUCUUUAAGUACUCCACACGUACAGGCCUGACCAGGCUCAUAGAGCAGCCCCACAUCUCUGAGACAGAGUACUCUGCCGUCGCCGUGGAGAACCCACCACAGAUCUGAGACUGAACUCUAGAGCACACCCUGGAACUUAGAACACACCACAUAUCUCUAGAACAUAGUCUGUCCACAUGACCCAAAAUUAUUGAAAUUACCUCAAAUGCAGUAACCCAUGAUAACUUAUAUAGGCUAAAUUUGGGCCAUCACAAAGAACAACAUUAAAUAUGUGUCUUAACAACUAGAGCAUAACAAAUAACCUUUCCCAAAGCCUAAGCUGUACACAAACUUCACUGCCACAAGUUUGUGUGCCCUCGUCUGAAGCAAACCAGACAUUAUUUAUAAUCCAACAUUCCCCUCACAGAAACUACCUGUGUAUUUGUCCUGCUACCAUGCGUUCCUAAUAGGGAUGGUGUGAGGGACUGCAGUUGCAGGCCAUUAUCAACUCAAACUAAUGAUGUCUGGAGAAAAGCACUUAUAUUGAGUGGAAGAAAGAGUAGAUUCUAUGUCUGACAAACAGACUGUUUUAAAGUGCUUCUGAAGUAGUGCCAUUGUAGUCAUGGUGACACAGACAAACUCUCUCUCUCAAUCUCUCUCUCCACUUCAAGACAUACCAAUCCCAGUUUGUCUGUCUGAAGAGUUCUAUAUAACUGCUAGAGGUGUGUGUAUGUGCGUGUGUGUGUGUGUGUAAUUGUGUGACACCUCAAAUCCACUUUGUAAAUAGUUAGAAGGGCAUUGAAAUACAUAUAUUAUAAUUGUUAGAUUGUUAUUAUUCAACUUUCUAUAUACUGUAUUUUUGUACAUAUUAUAAAAUACUUUCAAAUUUGGCAUUGUUUAUGUACAGAUGUAGGAUCUUAAUCACCACAUAUUAAUUUACAUAGAGUUACUGAAAACCACUAACACAUGGUUAUAUGCCUCGAUUCUUAUGUAACAACAUUUAAAAAAAACUUUUUUUUACAUUGGAUAAAAUGGUAUAUCAGACACUGCAGUUGAGGAACAAUGGGGAAGUAAUUCUGCUUUGAAAGUUGAUGAACUUGUAACCCCACUUUUGAGAAA